AUGACCAUUUGGAAGUGUACAACAUCCACGGAGAAAGAAAUCGAGGGCAAGUGGAAGGAGCUUCUUGAGAUCCUCGUUUGCGGUUUUCUCGAAGACGAUGCCUCGUCCUAUGACUGGGCCAACACAAUUCUCUGCUCUGCAGCCCGGCAGGGUUGCUUGCCUGUGAUCAAAAUACUAUUCGAGAAAGCUAGCGGAGAACCCGAACUAGCCAAGGCGCUACUGGCAGAAACUCAGAAAGACAGUGUAUACCAAUCUGUCGGGGAGGCAGCAUUCUGGGGCCAAGCAGAUGUCAUCCAAUAUCUGCUCACACAAGAUUAUGUCGACAUCAGCCCCCAUCUACAUCACCGCACCGACUCCAAGAACUCAUCCAUCGACCCUUCGGGUAAAAACGUCCUACACUGUGCGGCCAACUCUAGAAAUCCGGACAUCUUCCGUAUUCUUGUUGAGAAGUUCCCAAGCGGCGUUAAUGAACAGACAGAGAGCGGGGACACACCAUUACAUAUACUAGUCUUCGCGCGUCCCACGAGCGUUGAAGCUGUACGAGUCUUAGUAGAAAUUGGCGGGGCGGAUGUGAACCUCUCCCCGGGUGGAGAAUGGUAUUCACCCUUGCGGACUGCCAUACGCGCUAGGAAUGUGCAGGUGUGUCGACUGCUUGCAUCAUGUGGAGCCCACGUUGAUGAUGCCAUC